AUGUACAGUGUAUUCAACACACCUCAAAAGCGCAAUGGCGCAACAUCAUCUAAAGUAACACCUUCCAAAGCAACGCCAUCCAAAGCGACACCAUCAAGAGCACCGCCAUUCAAAGCAACGCCAACAAAGGUUGCCUUGAAUGGACUCUUUUCUGAUGGCAACUGGCAGUGUAAUUGCAACCCCAGACUACCCGCUGUAAGAUUCCAAGUGAAGAAAGAAGGAGCAAAUAAAGGACGAUGGUUCUACACAUGUCAAGAACCAAAAGAUUCUAGCUGCGGAUUCUUUUUAUGGGAUGAUAAAGCCAAAGGAAGAGAGAUGGGCGCAGUUCUGAACAAUACAAGAACGGAGCCUCAUACACCUGAACCGCGCUCACCAGUGACUCCAUCAAAAGAUGAAAGGACCUUGGAAGGACAUGCGAUUGCUAGUAAUAAAUGGCUUGAAGAUAUUGAGAAGAAGGAAGAUGAUGAGUUCGGGGCAUGGCCUUUAACUCAAGAAGAUGAGGAGAAAGUGGUUAAGACUGUUGAGAGAACGGACCCUGGAAGCUUUCCAGAGACUCCAAGAAAGGGGAGGAUGGAUGGCAAGACAGCAACACCGGGAAGCAAAAGAAAGCGGGGCGAAGGAGAAAGUCAUGGUGCCAAUAUGUAUCCUACGCCUACGACAAGAGGUACACGGGACGAAGACAUUUUUGGCACUCCUUCUACAAGCCGCAAAAGAAUAAAUGGUGGGAUGCGGGAUGGGAAUGAACGAUCCGUUUUGUUCAGUCCAGCGGAGACACCUUCAACCAUGAGAUUCAAAGAUGCUACGAUAGUUCCACCUCCCAAGUUCAUGGCUUCUCCUUCAAAAAGCAGCACAGGUGAUUCGCCGCAAAACUACGACAUGUCGGAAGACAUCAUGAAUCUCCUCAAGGAUCAACAUAUCGACGAUGAAGUCUCCGCUCAACUACGUCAAAUGUUAGCCAGACACGCGUUAAAAAUAUCGGGUAUCGUGAAAGGUCGGGACAUCACACGCGUAGCUCUUCAAACCAAAGAUACAAAGAUUGCAGAGCUUCAACAGAAGAUUGCCCACCUCGAACACAAACAUGAUAUGGAUGAAGCAAUUAUCAAGCGUCUCAGGGCUCAGAACGCUGGCUAA